AUGACAACGAUGUUCAUCCAACUGCGCCGUGUCGUGUACCUGUUGGUUCUUCUGCACUUCUGUACGUGUGUGGGUUUCGCUGACGACGACGAUAAAAAAAAAAAUGGUGAAAAGCAUGCGGAAAAAAUGGUGGAUUGGUUGAACAAAGUUGAUGUACAAUAUCCCGGGGCAAAAACUUGUCAGAGAGUGGGAGACAGCAACAAUGAGAAGUACGCGGAAAUAGCUACGAAGGUCUGGAAAGUUGCCGACGAUUUGAAACAAAGUGCCGAUAAGGCGAGGAAACUUGUGAAAGAACUGAAUGAGAGUGAUGAGGGUCGGCAUGGAGAUAUUGCACGUCAACUGAAUGAACACGUGGAUGUGGUGACCACAAGAGUGGAGGAAAGCAAGGAAGUUAUUGCCGCAGCACGAGAAGCACGUGAGGAAGCGAGGGUGUUGGUUGGUUGUACGGUUUUCCUUGGCAACUUGCAGGAUCUGAGAUCGGAGAACAAAAAGGAGGCUCUAAAGUACUGGACGCGAGAACUCGAGGAAAAAAACAAGGAGUUAAAGUUGCUGGAAUGGGGAGAUCUUAUUAACAGGACCAGAGCCAAGGAAGCGGAGGUGGAUAUGCUCGUGCAAAACCUUACGUUCAGCAUAAGCCGCAGUAGAGGUAUCUCGAACGAAGUAGCGCAAAGUUUGGCAAAAGCGGUGGCCGCAGCGGAAGAGGCGGUGGACCGGUUCGAGAAGGUGAAGGAAAAUGUCAACGUCUCAAAUACAAGAGGAGAUUAUGGACCAAAGGUGGAAAAACUAAAGAACGAGAUGAACACCACAAUGGGAGUCAAAGAGAAGAAGAUGAUCCCAGACAAGGAUCCAUCAGUAAAUCUAGUUAAUGGCGGGGAUAUCACGACGAAAGAGGCGAAAUGGAAAGAUACGGUGGAAUUGAAUGUGGGGGCGAGUCCCGUCACCGGGGCGCUCGUUCGGGAACACCCGAAGAAAGGGAAGGACAGUACAAUUGCGAAGGAAUUAAACCGGGUAUUGGAGGAGGAAAAGGAGAACUUGAAAAAUAAAAAAAUUGAAGAAAAGAAGGCUUUCGAGGAAAUGAAACGGGCGGAGAUAAGGCGGAAGGAAGAGGAGAGACGGGCCGAGGCGGAGAGGAAGAGAAGGGCGGAGGAAGAGAAGGCGAGACUGGAGAGGGAGAAACAGGAGAAAAAGGCGAGGGAAGAGAAGGCAAGGCAGGAAAGAGCCGAAGAAGAAAGGAAGAAACGGGAGAAACUCGCUGAAGAAGAAAAGGAAAGAAAGGCAAAGGAAGAUGCGGAAAGGGCGAAAAAUGCCAAAAAGAAGAAAGACAACAGUGUCCGUCUUGCAUUGAUGCACAGUCCCUUAUUGUUGCUUCUGCUUUGUUUCUUGGGUUGCACUGUCGUGUGCUGA